AUGUACAAGCCCAUCUGUUGGCCUUCUAGCUUAGCUGUUUCAUCAUUGCAAAGCCCAGUGACCUUUGAAGAUGUGGCUGUGUACUUUUCCAAGGAGGAGUGGGGGCUUCUUGAUGCAGGCCAGAGGGACCUGUACCACAAUGUUAUGCUGGAGAACUUUGAGCUCAUGACCUCACUUGGUUGUUGGCAUGGAGUGGAAGAUGAGGGGGCCCAUUCCAAGCAGAAUGCUUCUAUACAAGGGAUGUUACAGGUCAGGAUCCCCACUGCAAAUCCUUCCACGCAGAAGGCUGACACCUGUGAUAUGUGUGGCCCAUUCUUGAAAGACAUUUUGCACCUGGAUGAACAUCAAAGAACAUAUCCUGAGAGUACCCUCUAUACAUGUGGAGCAUGUGGAAGAGAGUUUUGGUUCAGUGUGAACCUUCACCAGCACCAGGAGGAGCACAGUAGAGAAAAGCCCUUCAGAUGGGACAAGGACAGGGACUCAUUUGUGGAACACUCUAUAGUCCAUCUGUCAGAGAAGCCUUUCACUUGGGAAGAUGGUGAGGAUGCCUUGGACAGCCAUGACCUCUUCCAGCAUCCAGCCAUUGAGAGCAGUGGGAAGCCAUAUAGAAGCACAGAGUGCAGGAAGGCCUUUUCACACAGUUCUAAUCUUGAGCAGCUCUUAGAAGUCCAUUCCACCCAGGAGCUCUUCAAGUGCAACGACUGUGGAAAAGUCUUUCAGAAGAGCUCCACCCUCCUCAACCACCUGAGAAUUCAUUCUGAAGAGACACUGUUUAGAUGCCCAACAGUUGAAAAUUCCUUAGAGGAGAAAUCAACCCUUGUUAAUCACCAAAAAUGUCAUAAUGAAGAGACAUGUCAUGUAUGUAAAGAGUGUGAGAAGACCUUCAGUCACCCUUCUAAACUGAGGAAGCACCAGAAAUUUCACACUGGAGUAAAACAUUAUAAGUGCAAUGAUUGUGGGAAAACCUUCAGCCACAAACUCACACUUGUUCAUCACCAGCGAAUUCAUACAGGAGAAAGACCUUAUGAGUGCAGUGAAUGUGGGAAAGCCUUUAAUAACAGGUCACACCUCACUCGACAUGAGAAAGUUCACACUGGAGAAAGGCCUUUUGAGUGCAGCAAAUGUGGAAGAGCCUUCAGCCAAAGCUCUAAUUUCCUUCGGCACCAGAAAGUUCACACCCAAGUAAGACCAUAUGAGUGCAAUCAAUGUGGUAAAGCCUUCAGCCGUAGCUCUGCUCUCAUUCAACACUGGAGAGUUCACACUGGAGAAAGGCCUUAUGAGUGCAGCGAGUGUGGAAGAGCUUUUAAUAAUAACUCCAACCUUGCUCAGCACCAGAAAGUUCACACUGGAGAACGGCCUUUUGAGUGCAGUGAAUGUGGAAGAGACUUCAGCCAGAGCUCCCACCUCCUUCGACAUCAGAAAGUUCACACUGGAGAACGGCCUUUUGAGUGCAGUGAAUGUGGAAAAGCCUUCAGCAAUAGCUCCACUCUCAUUCAGCACCAGAAAGUACAUACCGGGCAAAGGCCUUAUGAAUGCAGUGAAUGUAGAAAGGCCUUCAGUCGCAGCUCCAGCCUGAUUCAGCACUGGAGAAUUCACACCGGCGAAAGGCCUUAUGAGUGCAGUGAAUGUGGGAAAGCCUUUGCUCACAGUUCCAGUCUCAUUGAGCACUGGAGAGUUCACACAAGAGAAAGGCCUUAUGAGUGCAGUGAAUGUGGGAAGUUCUUUAGCCAGAACUCCAUUCUCAUUAAACAUCAGAAAGUUCACACUGGAGAAAGGCCUUAUCAGUGCAGCGAAUGUGGGAAGUUCUUUAGCCGAAAGUCCAGCCUUAUUUAUCACUGGAGAGUUCACACUGGAGAAAGGCCUUAUGAGUGCAGUGAGUGCGGGAGAGCCUUCAGCAAUAAUUCUCACCUGGUUCGUCACCAGAGAGUUCACACACGGGAAAGGCCCUAUGAGUGCAGCCAAUGUGGGAAAGCCUUUAGUGAACGAUCCACACUUGUUCGACACCAGAUAGUACACACCAGAGAAAGGACUUAUGAGUGUGGCCACUGUGGAAAAAUUUUUAGCCGUCUUUGCAAUCUUGCUCAGCAUAAAAGGAUUCAUACCUGA